AUAGCUAGAGUUUAAAUAGGUUCUGCUGGGGGUUCAAGCAUCAUUCCCGUAGAAGCCUCCCUUGUCUCCAGAUCACAAUGUGGCGUCUCUUCGUGUUGUUGCUGGCGGCGGCUGCGCACGCGCAGAUACCGUCGCUGGGAUGGUGUCCGGACUAUCAGCCCAUGGCAAAUUUCAAUAUCAACCGUUUCUUGGGCAACUGGUUCGAAGCAGAACGGUACUUCACCGUUUCUGAGUUGGGCACUCGCUGCGUCAACACCAAGUACGAGGCUACUCCCGAAGGAAGGAUCGUGGUGUCCAAUGAAAUCACUAAUUCUCUAACGGGAAUGAAGCGAGUACUCGACGGCACCCUACAAAUGAUAGGUCGCGAGGGAGAAGGUCGCAUGAUGGUGAAAUACGCCUCCCUCCCCGUCCCCUAUGAUACUGAGUUCAGCAUUCUUGACACUGAUUACGAAAACUUCGCAGUCAUGUGGUCCUGCAGUGGUAUUGGCCCUGUGCAUAUUCAAAACGCUUGGAUCCUAACAAGGGAGCGUCUCCCGCCUCCCAUGAUCAUGCAAAGCGCAUACGGUGUUCUCGACAAGUACAAGAUUUCCAGAACAUUCUUUGUGAAGACCAAUCAAGCGGACUGCCACAUCCUCCCCCGGCCAGCGGCUGAGCCCAUGUUAGACCUACUGAAGUCUUCAGAUGACGUGGAAGGCAAGAAUGCGGCGGUUCCUGAAGUGGUUGUUGAGAAGGAUGAUAAGAGCCCGGAGAUCAAGAAUGAAGUAAUACUAGAACGAUCAGCUGUACCAGAAAUGCCCGAAGAGGCGAAACCCAUGAAGAUGUCCGAACCAAUGAAGGAUUCUGAGAAGAAGGAUGAGAAAAUGGACAAACCCAUGGAAAUGAAAGAAGAAAUGAAGAAACCGGAAUUAGAAAUGAAAGAGAAAAUAGAUAUGCCUAUGCAAUAAAAUUCUUAGAAACUAAGUAGUACGGUUGGAGGCUUACAGGAUGGGCUAUUGAACCAAAUAAGUCAUUUCCGAUGUGAACACAGUCUCUUUCGAACGGUUUGCAUUUUAGUCAGUGCUAAAUAAAGAAAAUAUAAAUAAUAA